AUCGUGUUGUUAUAAUUAAAUUUUUCUUAAAAAAAUGUUUUUAAUUUUUAAUUUAAAUUUGUAUUAAUAUGAAUAAAGAAGGUAUUAUUGGAAUUGCUAUUUACAUUGCGCGUGAUAAAAUGAAAAAAACUGAAAUGAAUAAAAAGAGAAAAAAAAGGUACUGGAUGAAAGAAUAGUUCAAAAAAAGGAACACAUUUUCCCAUCAUAAUCUUCUAGAUGAACUUCGACUAUCUUCUCCUUCUGACUAUAGAAAUUAUCUCCGCAUGGACCACACGACAUUUUCGAAGUUAUUAAAGAUGAUCACACCAAUGAUAGAGAAACAGAAUACUUGCAUGAGAGAACCAAUUUCAUCGGCCCAGCGUUUAUCGUGGACGCUACGAUACCUGGCUACCGGCGUUAAUUUUAAAGAACUUAAGUUCAUUACCGCAAUCGCUCCACAAACAAUUGGAAAAAUUAUCAUUGAAACAUGUAAAGCCAUAACAACUGCACUAAAAGAUAAUAUAAAGAUACCUGCUUCAGAAAAAGAAUGGAAAAUUAUUUCUGAUGAAUUUGAAUCAAAAUGGAAUUUUAAUCAUUGUUUGGGAGCGAUUGAUGGCAAACAUAAUUUAGAGAUAAUAAAGCCUCAACAAUCUGGCUCGUAUUUUUUCAAUUACAAACAUACGUUCAGUAUUGUUUUGAUGGCCAUUGCAAAUGCUAACUACGAGUUCAUUAUGGUGGAUAUUGGUGCAAAUGGACGAGUUUCAGACGGAGGCGUAUUUUCAAAUACUUUGUUUUACAAAUAUUUUCAAGAAAAAAAAUUAAAGAUUCCGGAAUCGGAUUAUCUACCAGGAAUAAGUGACAAAUUGCCUUAUGUUUUUGUAGCUGAUGAUGUUUUUCCGCUUUCAAACAAUCUAAUGAAACCCUAUCCACAUAGAAAUUUAAGCAAAAAAAAAAACGUAUAUUCAAUUAUAGAUUGUCGAGAGCUCGAAGAAUAAUUGAAAAUACUUUUGGAAUUCUAGCAUCACGAUUUCGAAUACUUUUAAAAACAAUAAAUUUAAGUCCGGAAAAAACCACAGUAAUCGUUCGUGCCUGCUGUCAUCUUCACAACUUUUUACGUCAACAUAAAAUGGAAAUUUUUUUACAGGACAGUUUCGAUUUUGAAAAUAUUUUAACAGGAAAUGUGGAACCGGGAAGUUGGAGAAGUCAAGAUGAGCAAUUAGGUCAGCUACAGCCUUAUCAAGGUAGAAAUUCACCAGUAAUAGCCAAAGAGAUACGAGAUCAUUUUUGUAAUUAUUAUAAUAACGCUGGGGCAGUCCAUUGGCAAGACAAUUGAAUCGACAAUAAUACUUAAUUAUUUUUAUAUUAUUUUUUUCUUUCGUUUAUAAGUAUCAUUAUUUUUACCCAAGUUAUAUAUAAACUAAAUUUAAAAUAGUUAAAGAAUGAAAUACCGAUAAUAUUAUUACGUACUGUAUUUUCAUUUGUAAUAGUUAUCAUUUUUUGAAUAAACACUUCAAUAUUUAUUUUUUUGUAUUGUUUUUAUAUGACCAGCACAUGGGUAUGUGUAUUUUAAAAUAGAUACGCCACAAACA